AUGGCGACAGGUGGAGGCGCUAGCGUCAUACAGCCAGGCAUAUUCGAGGAUUUGCAGCAAAAGAUCGAUGAAGAUUCUGCCGUCAAAGAUGCACUGCGCGACAUUGUCCAGAACCUCGAAAAGCAAGAUCGUGCUACUCAGUCGAUUUUGUCCCGAGCACAUUCGACUACUACAAACGACAUACUGAGUGUAGUCACGGCCGCACAGAACAACAUCGUCAGCGAAGUGCAGACCAUCCAACAGCUGUCCGCGAUAGCAUCUCAACAUCCGUACUACCGGUUCAACUAUGCUUGGUCACGGCAGAUGGAGAGCGUUUGCUUCACCAUUCUCCUCUGCGGCUGGCUAGGAGGCUUUGGCAAGAACGAGACCGGCAAGCUUCUCACUAUCGAGGAAGUUGGCCAGGUUCUGAACGUCCCCGUCAACCUCAAGGAUCGUGACGCCUUCCACCUCACUAUCGAGGAGUACCUGCUGUCACUCAUCACGCUCCUCGAUGAGCUCGCCCGUCUUGCACGCAACUCGGUCACCCUUGGCGAUUAUCGUCGGCCACUGCAAAUCAGCCAAUUCAUCAAGGAUGUCCACGCUGGGUUCCAGAUCCUGAACUUGAAGAACGACAGUCUUCGCAAGCGAAGCGACGGGAUCAAGUACAGGGUCAAAGAAGUCGAAGAUGUUGUCUACGACCUCAGCCUUCGAGGCUUGCUACCUAAAGACUGA